GCGAGAAGCCGAGUAUCGUCCAUCGCGCUAGCAUUCUAACGGUUUGUUCAACAUACUUACCAUUUAACAGUGAGAACCUCAAGUUAUUGCGAGAAACUUCCUAGGAUUCGAAGAAUUCCUAGUGCUGCUUAGAUAACGAUUACUAGGGACUGAACGAUAACGCACCCUAAAAACCUUUUGUCUGGUUACUAUAUAAAGAGUUGAUUAAAGGCCUUUUUCGGCAGUUCCUACAGACCGUUCCAACAUGAGCUUCACCACUUUUCAGCAAGCGGUGCUAGAGCGCCACAACACGCUUCGAGCGCGUCAUUCGGCUGCUCCCCUAGCACUCGAUUCAAAUCUUUGCAACUUUGCACAGGAAUGGGCAAAUGUUCUCGCAAGCAGGAAUAUAAUGCAGCAUCGAUCAAAUAACAAGUAUGGAGAGAAUCUGUACGCAUCAUUCGGAAACACGAAUGUGACGGGCAACGCAGCAGUGGACAGCUGGUACAAUGAAAUAAAGUACUACCGGUUCGGAGCUUCCCAACCAUCCAACUUUUCGCAAGUUGGUCACUUUACGCAGGUUGUUUGGAAAAACUCGCGACGUCUAGGGGUCGGUAUUGCUAAAAGAGGUACAAGCGUCUACGUAGUUUGUAACUACGACCCACCUGGUAACUUUGGGUCCCAAUACGCUCAAAAUGUAGUACCACGUAGUAACUGAAUUGCUCAAAGACUAUUAAAAACAAUAAUAUAUGAUCCCAGAUGCCUAUUCUUGGCAUUAUAGUUAAUCUAAUACGGGUUCAAUCUACAUCUGUUUCAUAU